UGAUGUUUUAUAGAAAAAUUUUUUUUUGGUGGGCUGCAGGAUGUCACUGUGGGUCUCACUGCUGCCUCAUAGUGCUUGGGCUGUUUGUGCGUAGGUUAAAAAACAAGUUUAGAAGAUGCAUGUUCAUAGUUGUUCACUGUUAAUUGCUAGAAUAUGUAUUCAAAUGUUUAAUACAUUUAUAUGCAAAAUAUGCGUUCAAAUGUUAGACUAUGCAUGAUCAUUAAUGAGUGUGUUUCCUGUUACAGUCCAAAGACAUAUGUGUGAGAUUAAGUGGUCACUCUAAAAUUCCCAGGUUGUUGUACUGCGUGUGGCUGCCCUAAUGGGCUGUAUCCCUCCCAGCAGAGUGAUUUCCUGGAUAGGCUCCGGGCAGUCGUGACCCUGUCAAGGACAAGCGGCGACCGAAAGUGUGAUGGACUGAUUUUUGCUGGUGUUGUUAUGUAUCAACAUAUCAGGUGUUUUCAAAAUGCGUUAUUAGAAUUUAACUAAGUGGGGGGGCAGAAAAAACAGGUGUGAUAAUUGUUGUUAGAAACUGUUUGCGAUGAAGGUGAACAAAGGAACACAGUCACGGUGGGGGAAAGCGGAGGAGCAGUGUGACGGCGUUGAGCGCCACAGCCCGGGAUUCACCUGCACUGCCGCCUCCUGGACGCGCGCGCACCGGGACGCGCUAUAAACUCGCGGCUCUUCAUGAGUCUCAGCCAAAGCAGGGCAGCCGCGCGCAGGCGAGGGGAUGGCGAGCGGAGCGAUGCUCCUCCUGAGCACCACCGUCCUGUUCGGACUCCUGCUCGCAGCCGCUGGAACCGUGGGCCGGACCCGAGCUGCGGGCACAGCCGACGCGGACAGGGAUACCGAGAGCGACGCGGAGAGUCCGUGCGAGGUGAAAACGGUGACCGUGUCCACCCUGCCCGUGCUGCGGGAGAACGAGUUCAGCUUCACCGGCGGCGGCGGCUCGGGGGGCAGCGUGGCCGGAGGAGGAGGAGCGGCGGACUCUCGGCUUCUUCUGCUGGUCCGGACGGACGUACCUGGAAGGAUCUCUGUUCUGGAUGACCUGGACAACACCGCUCUCCCCUAUUUCACAUUAGAGAUGUCUGGCACGGGGGCAGAGAUCUCCCUGGUGCACUGGAAGCAGCAGUGGUUGGAGAACGGGACACUCUACUUCCAUGUGUCCAUGACCAGUGCCGAGCAGUUGGCCCAGGCCACGGAGCCCACGGCGCGUCAGCCGGCACACAUCCUGCAUGAGCAUGCUCACCUGCUGCAUGUCUCCGUCAUGGGAGGCCUGAUUGCCUUACUGCUGCUGGUCCUACUGUUUACCAUGGUGGUGUACGCACGCCGCCGCUGGUGUGGCCAACGCCGUGUGCCCCAGAAGAGUGCCAGCACUGAGGCAACACAUGAAAUCCACUACAUCCCUUCGGUGUUACUAGGCCCUCAAGCCCGUGACAGCUUCCGCAAUGCUCGCCUGCAGCCGCAAGACACUGCCGUCACCGUGCCCAUCCGUGAGACGCCCAUCCUUGAUGACUACGAUGGUGAGGAAGAUGAGCAACUGAGCCGGCAUGCAAGUCAGCUGCAUGACCACCUUUGUGGCCGACCAGUCGAUUGCAAGAGGGAGGAGAACUUCGGUAGCCAGGUGACACGCACCAUGGAUAGCUUAUGCAAAGGGGAGGAGAACCAUAAACGCAGCCUGGACAAGGGAGUGAUUGAGCCCAAACAAGAGACAGUCGAGACCUUGGUGCUGAAGUUCAAGGAGAGUUUCCGUGCCAACACGCCAGUAGAGAUAGCACACUUGCAACAGGUCACACGCAGUGCCUCUACUGGCAGGAAGAGGCGACACAGCCGGUCCAAAGGAGGAGGAGUUUUUGGCCAUCCGGGAGACUCGGGAUCAGAGGCAGAUGAUGAGACACCAAUAAAGUUCUACACAGAGCAACAGAGGGGGCGAAGGCGGAGCAAAGGUGCGGCUCGUAGCCCUGUGAAUAAACCCACUCUGACACUGAUCACCAUCAGCACCUGCAUCCUAGCAGCUGUGUACAGCAGUCAGCUGUCCUGCCCCCUCACGGUGAAGGUGACCCUGCACGUCCCAGAGCACUUUGUUGCUGACGGAAGCAGUUUCGUUGUAAGCAUGGGAAGUUACCUGGAUGUGUCAGACUGGUUAAAUCCAGCCAAGCUGAUCCUGUACUACCAAACCAACUCCACCUCCCAGUGGGUAAGAGACUACUGUGGACAGAGGACCACCGACCCAUGUGAGCACCUCUGCGACCAGGACACAGGUGAAUGCAGCUGCCAUGAAGGUUAUGCCCCCGACCCAGUGCACAAACACCUCUGUGUGCGGAGUGAUUGGGGACAGAAUGAAGGCCCUUGGCCGUAUUCAAACCUUGAAAAGGGCUAUGACCUUGUCACUGGCGAGCAAGCACCAGAGAAAAUAUUCAGAUCCACCUAUGGUCUUGGGCAAGGCCUUUGGCUCCCAGUUAGCAAAAGCUUUGUUGUGCCUCCAGUGGAUCUCUCAAUCAGUCCCAUAGCCAGCUGCAAGACUGAUGUGCUAGUAACAGAGGAUCCAGCAGACGUCCGGGAAGAGUCCAUCAGGUCCACAUACUUUGAGACCGUGGACGACCUGCUGUCCUCAUUCGGCCCGGUACGGGACUGUUCCAGGGACAACGGAGGCUGCAGGAAGAACUUCAAGUGUGUGUCUGACCGCCGAGUGGAUUCCACAGGCUGCAUGUGUCCAGAAGGCCUGCGGCCCAUGAAGGAUGGGUCGGGUUGCUAUGACUACUCCAAGGGGACCGACUGCUCGGAUGGCUUCAACGGCGGCUGUGAGCAGCUGUGCCUCCAGCAGCUGGUGCCCCUGCCAGAUGACCCUACUUCCAGCAAUGUGCUCAUGUUCUGCGGGUGCGUGGAGGAGUACCGGCUGGCCCCAGAUGGGCGCUCCUGCAUAAUGCAGACGGAGAGCUGCGAGGGGCCUUCCUGCCACCGGCGCAGCAGCCGAGGGAACGACACCCUCUUCGGGGAGAUGCUACGCGGGUACAACAACAAAACCCAGGAGGUCAACCUAGCCCAGGUCUUUCAGAUGAGCUUCAGGGACAACAACUUCAUCAAGGACUUUCCUCAGCUGGCUGAUGGGCUCAUGGUGAUUCCCCUGCCUGUGGAGGAGCAGUGCCGUGGGGUGCUCUCGGAGCCGCAGCCCAACUUGCAGCUGCUGACAGGAGAUGCCAAGUUCAGUGAGGCAAUGGGCUACCCUAUGGUUCAGCAGUGGAGAGUUCGUAGCAACAUGUAUAAAGUGAAGCUCAGCUCCAUCACACUGUCUGCAGGUUUCUCCAAAGUCCUGAAAGUAUUAAACUCAGAGAGUACAAGAGAGGAGCUGCUAUCCUUUAUCCAACAAUAUGGCAGUCACUAUGUGUCUGAGGCACUCUACGGCUCCGAACUCGCCUGCACCAUCUAUUUCCCCAGCAAGAAAGUUCAGCAGCAGCUCUGGCUCCAGUACCAGAGAGAAGCAACAGAUCUAGGCAGCCGGAGAGAACUGAAGUCCAUGCCCUUCAUCACUUACCUGUCUGGACUGCUGUCGGUACAGCAGCUGUCAGAUGACCACCUGGUGUCUGGGGUAGACAUACGAUGCGAGGAGAAAGGCCACUGCCCGGCGGCCUGCCACCUGUGCCGCCGGCCCGGCCGAGAUCAGCCGAGCCCCACUCCCGUUCUUCUGGAAGUCAGCCGCAUUGUGCCCCUCUACAUGCUGGUGCAAGACAACAUCACUAAGGAGGCUUUGAGAAGCGCCACAAUGAGCUCAUACUGGUGUGCUGGAAAAGGUGAUGUAAUCGAGAACUGGUGUCGCUGUGACCUGAGUGCUUUCAGCAAGGAUGGCCUGCCCAACUGCAGUCCACUGCGCCAGCCCAUCCUGCGGUUAGCUCCUUACCUGGAGCCCUCUAGCACCAUGGUGGCUCUGGAGUGGCUGGAUGUAGAGCCCCUCAUUGGAUGCAAAGUCUCCGACUACAUUAUACAGCACAAAAGGGUGGAGGACCCAUCAGAGGCAGAGAUCUACACAGGGGAGAUACUUAGUUUUGCAGAUGACCUCCUGACUGGAUUGGGAUCAUCCUGUGUGGUGGCUGGAAAACGAUAUGGAGACCAUCCCAAUGCCAUACUUUACUCUGUGGUGUUCAAGUGCCUGGAGCCAGACAGCCUCUACAAGUUCACGCUGUCUGCAAUUGACAGCCGAGGACGACGCUCAGAGUCCAGCUUUGUUUUUGUCCGGACGUCCUGUCCUGUAGUUGAUGACAACACCGCUGAAGAAAUUGCUGAUAAAGUGUACAACUUGUAUAAUGGCUACACCAGUGGGAAGGAGCAGCAGACAGCAUACAACACACUGAUGGACAUCCCUCCACCGAUGCUGUACCGGGUUCAGCACCACUACAACUCCCACUAUGAGAGAUUUGGUGACUUUGUGUGGCGGAGCGAGGAUGAACUGGGGCCCAGGAAAGCACAUCUGAUCCUACGGAGGGUGGAGAAUAUCAGCCGCUAUUGCGGGGCCCUCCUGCGCAGCACAUACAUUCGAAGCCGGACGGAUACUGUACCAUACGUCUUCUGCCGGAGUGAGGAAAUGCGGCCUCCUGGCUCAGUGUGGCACAGCUCAUUGCAGGAGGUGCACCUGUCCUGUGUAGAGAAACUUAUGUCUGUUCCACGCAAUACUUAUGGAGAGUCCAAGCUGCGGUGA